GGCCGAUCGGUGAUGGAUUGUUUCCGGUUGCAUUCUAUCUCUUCCGUUACAUUGUCUCAGCUGCACGAAUGCCCUGAUGAAGCAUCCACAAGUAAUUGAAUAUGCGUCAGAGCGUUUGGAAUGCGUAGCUCCAUGUAUAUACUUCUCCAUGGAAUCAUGCUCAUACUCCGUUUCCAUGUUCUUGAACAUUACCUACACUCCACAUGCACGGUUUUUCUGAGGCUAAAAUUGCAUACUUGUGGUAACAAGGAUGAUUUUCUUAUCAGCUUUUGAUCUCAAAGGAGAAUUUAUAGGUUUGAGGAAAUAGAAGGAAAAGAUCAGGAGUUGGAAAGGUCUUAUUCUCAAGCGGCUCAGUUCUGUUGGAAAUGGCAAACAGCAAAUUCGAGUAUGUGAAGUCUUUUGAAGUCGAAGACAAGCUUAUGCCUUCCACUUGGAUUGUCAUUAGAAUCAAUGGCUGCCAUUUUCAUAGGUUUUCUGAUGUCCACGAGUUUGACAAGCCCAAUGAUGAGCAAGCAUUGAAUCUAAUGAAUUCGUGUGCAGUUUCUGUGCUGGAGGAGUUCCCAGACAUAGUUUUCUCAUAUGGUGUCAGCGAUGAGUACAGUUUUGUCAUGAAGAAGAUGACUCAAUUCUACAAAAGACGUGCCAGCAAAAUACUGUCGCUUACUGUGUCGUUAUUCUCUUCAGCAUAUGUCAUGAAGUGGAAAGAGUUCUUCCCACAAAAAGAAUUGAAAUAUCCACCUUAUUUUGAUGGUCGAGUAGUAUGCUAUCCAUCCACUGAAAUUCUCCGAGAUUAUCUAGCAUGGAGGCAAGUAGAUUGUCACAUCAACAAUCAAUACAACACUUGUUUCUGGAUGCUGGUUAAGUCUGGUAAAAGCAAAAAGGAAGCACAAGAUCUUUUAAAGGGUACUCAAACGCAAGAGAAAAAUGAACUGCUGUUCCAACAGUUUGGUAUCAAUUACAAUACACUACCAGCCAUGUUCCGGAAAGGGUCUUGUGUUUUCAGGGAUAAGGUAGAAGAUAUGGUGAAGUUGACUGACGAUGAUGAUCCUGUCAAAAGAUAUCGGAAGAAGGUGAUCGUGGACCAUUGUGAUAUAAUUGGGCCAAGCUUUUGGAAUGAGCAUCCAGACAUCCUUGGUGAAUAGCUUGUAUCACCGAGCUGACAAAGUACUCCGAUAUCUAACAGCGAGCUUUGCUAAGCCCACACGCACGUAGAAGACAUCAUGUACACACACACACAUCUGCAAGCAUGUCACAUUAAUACAAGCUCCGAUCGGUUCACUGGAGGGUUGCCAAACGUAGAUGUUCUUGCCCAAGAAUCAGGUUGUUCCAUUCUUCUGGUAGCCCACAGUUUUAUGAAACUAAUUUACUGCUGAAGAAAAGAACUUGAUGAGAUUUUUUUUUUAAACCUUCCAACUGCUCCUAAAACCAUGGCCCACCUAAUAAAUGGAUCAGAUUUAUUUUUUGCAAAAGAACAACUACAUGGUCGGACCCACAUGGACAGUUUAGAUAUUAGACUAUAGGCCAUGCUGGCACAUGGGUGGCUUGACACUUAAUGUAGCUCUGUAACAGCCUACUUUGUUUAACUUAAAAAAGCAGCGUGCACUUGAUGGAUCUUUUCUAUUUAUAGAAUUCUGUAUGUUUAGUUAAUGGGAAAGUGAGAAAUUCACAUCUUGAA